AUGGAAGAGAAGAAAGCUACCACCGAGCACGACGAUCUGCCCGGAUUAUCAAUCACACACAAUUCUACAAAACAAUUUAACCAUAUUAUCGGCCGUCAAGGCUAUUGGGAAGCCACGCUGGAAGAUGCCCAGGCCGCCAAUUGCCACGAACAUUCUCUCGGCGUCUUGGCCGCACUCAAAUCAUACCCGAUGGCGGUGGUCUGGUCUCUGGUGAUCUCCAUGUCGAUCAUCAUGGAGGGCUACGACACUGCCCUGAUCAGCUCGCUAUAUGCCUAUCCGAGCUACGCUCGGCGCUUUGGUGCCCUAGAUCCUUCAACGAACACAAACCAGAUCCCGGCGAAGUGGCAGAGUGCUAUGGGCAGUGGGCCGCAGGCUGGCUCCAUUAUCGGUGCCCUGCUGAAUGGUUACCUUGUUCAGCGGUUUGGCUAUCGACCGGCCUUUGGUGUAGGUAUUCUACUGAUGGCAGCAUUCGCUUUUGUGCCCUUCUUCGAGUUUGGUGAAGUUAAAAAGAUUUCCAGUGUCCCAUGGGGUAUCUUCGCUACCAUUGGCCCUGCGUACGCCUCGGAGGUAUGUCCUUUGCCUUUGCGAGUCUACCUCACGGCGUAUACGAAUAUGUGCUUUGCAAUUGGUCAACUUAUCGGUGCAGGAGUCUUGCAGAGCUUUAUUGAUCGCCCUGAUGACUGGUCGUGGCGUAUUCCGUUUGCUAUUCAAUGGAUAUGGAUUCCUUUCCUUUUUGUCGUAUGCAUCUUUAUGCCGGAGUCUCCUUGGUACCUUGUCCGACAGGGGAAGUUUGUUGAGGCAGAGCAGACUAUUAAUUCUCUCAUGGCAGAGUGUGAGAAGCCGCAAGCACGACCACUGGUGGCAUUGAUGGUUCAUACAAAUGACCUCGAGCGAGACAUUACUGAAGGCACAUCCUAUUUGGACUGUUACAAGGGCACUGACCUGCGACGGACUGAGAUUGCAUGUGUUUCGUUCGUCGGUCAGAUUACUUGUGGCGCCCAAUUCGCUUACUCUGCCACCUACUUCUUCCAGCAAGCUGGGCUGAGUUCCGAUGACUCGUACAAACUCAACCUAGGUGGCACUGGUAUCGCCUUUUGUGGUACGAUUAUCUCUUGGCUUUUGAUGAAGCAAUUUAAUCGACGUACCCUUUACAUAACAGGAAUGAGCCUGAUGAGCAUGUGGCUUUUGAUCAUUGGCUGUCUCGCCACCGACAACAAACACCCAACCACUAAAUGGGUUCAGUCGGCCCUUUGUAUUAUCUGGCUCUUCACAUUCUCCCUCACAAUUGGUCCCGUCGGCUGGACUAUCCCAGCGGAAGUUUCAUCUACCCGGUUAAGGUCUAAGACCGUAGUGUUGGCCCGAAGCUCCUACUACCUUGCACAGAUCGUCGCGAAUGUCAUACAACCCUACAUGAUGAACCCUCUUGCUUGGAACUGGAAAGGCAAGACUGGAUUUUUCUGGUUUGCCUUCGCUUCUCUCACUGCAAUUUGGGCGUUCUUCCGUCUCCCUGAGACUAAAGGGCGAAGCUAUGAAGAGCUUGAUGUGAUGUUUCAUGCAAAACUCCAAACUAGAAAGUUCAAGAGAUAUGAUGUCAACGUCUAUGAGCACAAUCACGGCAAUCAAUUACGGGAAGUGUAUGGCAAUUGA